CGUAAACAACUUGGUAGUAAAUUGCAAUUUGCCGCUUUAAUUAACCGAAAAUGUCCAUGCAAAAGGCCAAAAUCAUAGACCAGAAGGAGUACCUCAAGAAGUACCUCUCCGGCGACAAGGAGAAGAAAAAGAAAAAGAAGGAGAAGAAGCACAAGAAGGGUGCCAAGGUGAAAAUCAUCGAUGACGAUGCCUACGAGAAGGAUGACCAGGAGGUGGACGAGGAUCUGCUGCUGGGCGGCGAGGAUGCGCCGCAAAUUGUAGGCGAGUACAUCGAGGACGACCCCAAUGUGCGCAGCAAGUGGCGCAACAUUGCCGUCAAGGAUGAAAGCAAGGAGGAGGAGGGCCAGGAAUCUUCACCAGCAGCGCCUGCCACUCGCAUCAAACAGGAGCCCCUGGAUGAGGAGCACGAGAUGUGGGGACGCAAGCCAUCCGUAGCUAAGGUCAAAGAUGAGUUCUCACCCUCUAGGCGAAUCAAGCAGGAGAAACGCAGCAGCUCCAGAGAUUUGAGUCCAACGAGGUCGAGAAAGCCACCGAAACGCGAGCAAAGUCCUCGCAGGAGGAGCAGGGAUCAAUCCCCAAGUCGCCGAAGGGCGGCUAGCUCAGAUCAGAGUCCUCCCAGAAGAGGAAGAUAUGCAGAUCAAUCACCGCCACGCAGAAAACGUAGAGAUUCCGAUCAGAGUCCAGCCAGAAGAAGGCGAGAUUCGGAUCAAAGCCCUCCAAGAAAGCGAAAGGAUAAGCAAUCACCGACUAGAAGGAGAAGAGAUUCCGAUCAAUCUCCACCCAGACGUCGCAGAAGUAACUCCGAUCAGAGUCCGCCCAGGAGACGUAGAGAUAAGGAUGCUUCCCCACCUAGAAGGAGAGCAGACUCCGGUCAAAGCCCGCCUAGAAGACGUAAAGCGGACGAUCAAUCUCCACCAAGGCGUAGAAGGAAAGACUCGGACCAAAGUCCGCCCAGAAAACGGAAAGGCGACGACCUAUCUCCAGUUCGGAAGAGAAGGGAUUCCGACCAAAGCCCACCCAGAAGACGUAGAGAUGACAAACAAUCACCACCAAGAAGGAGAAGGAACUCCGAUCAAAGUCCUCCAAGAAGACCUAAAGAUGAAGAUCAAUCUCCGCCCAGAAAACGAGACAAAUCUCCACGCAGGCGUCGCGACUCCGACCAAAGUCCACCCAGGAACCGUAGAUCCGUCAGCAGAAGUCGGGAUCAGAGUCCUGCGCCGCGAAAUCGCUUUAGGGAGGAGAGGAAAAGUCGCUGGGCCAAGGCAUCACCCAGCAAAUCAGCUUCGCCACCACCAACGCACAAACCCAAGUCAACCAAGACGCUAGAUGGCAAGAAGGCAGGUCUGCAGGACGCAAAAUCUCUUAAAAAGGAAACCGACGAGAGGCGGCGACAGGAACAUGACCUGUUCGAGAAAAUGUCCAGCGAGAUUUCUGGCCGCGAUGGAGAUGUACAGGUGCGCAGCACUCGCCGAAAGGGGCACAGGGCGCGGGAAGCAGCCAACGAGGAUCCCGCCGAGCGGAGCCGCAAGGAGGAGCACGAGAAGAAAAAGAAGGAGCUGUACGACCGCUGGGGCAAGGGCCUAAAGCAGAUAGAAGAUCGACAGUCCCGUCUCGAGGAGAUGGCCCAUGAAGCCUCCAAGCCGGUGGCUCGCUAUGCCAACGACGAGGACCUGGACAGGCACCUCCGCGAGCAGGAGCACGCCGACGAUCCCAUGCUGGAGUACAUGCGGCAGAAGCGCAAGAAACGCGAUCAGCAGGACAACAAACCGGUGAUGCCCAAGUACGAGGGCAGCUAUCCGGAGAACCGCUUUGGCAUACCACCAGGAUACCGAUGGGAUGGUGUUGAUCGGUCCAACGGCUACGAGCAGCGAUGGUUCGACAAGCAGAGCGAACGGCGGGCGGUGCAGGACGAGGCCUACAAGUAUAGCGUGGAGGACAUGUAAAUGUUCCCAGACAUUAUUUGUACACUUGUUGCAAUAAAGUUUGCACAACUGCCUGUAA